AUGAAUAUUUAAUAAAUCCUAAAUGAAGUAAUAUAUAUUUGAUAUAUAGUUAAUGGGUUGUAUUGUCUUGAAGAUUCUGGAUUCUAUUAUAAAAUACAAACAAAUUAAAUUUUUCCAAGAAAAUCAUGAUAUUAACAUCCUUAUUUUUGCUGCAACCCUCAAAAAAUUUGAUUCAAGAGCAAAAGAAUUUGAAAAUAAAAGAAGAGUCUAAAUUAAUUAAGAAGAAUCUAGAAGAAUAUAGAGAAGCAAUAAAAAAAAUAUUUUGAAAAAAAAAAAGGAAUCCUAGUUAAAAUAUUAAGAAGUAUAUAAAAACUAAUUUGAAAAAUAACGAAAUCAUAUUUCAUCAUCAUCAUUUUUUAAUAGUAUAUCAUACAUUAAAAAUUCAGGGAUUUGGAGAAUUCCAGAUCAAUAGAAUGAUGUGACUAAGUCUACUAUUAUUUGA